UGGCCACUUGCCUCCCAGCCAUCUGGUGCUUUCCUAUGUGCAGCCUUCCCAUGUGCUACAAGCUAUUUUCCUCACCUUCGCCGACACCUACUUCUCAUUUACUUUUCAGCUUUUUCUCUUCAGGUAGCUCCAAAGAACAGUAUCCUCCCAAGCUUUACAGCUGUACUUCAUGCUUGGUGACAAGCCAUAUCACAAGGUUCCUUCACCUCACAACAGAGCGUUCAUGUGCCAAACUGAUAUCCUUCAGAACAGUUCUCGCUAAUGUGAGCAGUGAUUAAUCCUGGUUGACAGACUUCAGCAGGACCUGGCUUCACCACAAUGGCAGAAGGAAACAUCCCCGCGAUGCCGGAUGAGCGCAGUUCCGCGCAGCACCAGCACAACCCACCACACACCUUCCUCCCUUGGACGGGCCCACAGUGGUGCCGCCCCGCGCCUCUGCCAGCAGCCAAUGCAGUGGGGGGAGAUGGAGAGGUUGCACCGCCCCUUCCGCCUCUGCACGAAGCCACUUGGCUAAACCGUGUCCUCUCGUGCUUGCCUGAUUGUGAUGCUGUCUAUGUUGCUGAUAAAGCUUGAAUAAAAGCACUCAACUUACACUGUUUCUGACAACAUUAGGAGCAGCAUUUGAGAUGACAGCAGUAGAGAAGAUUGAGGAGCAGCUUGCGAGUCUAAGCAUAGCAAAACGUUCUACACUACUUGAGGAGCCUGCUUACUUGCUGGAUAUAGAUGUUUCCCAACCAGCUCAACCUGAAAGCAGUCGCUUUGUGGCAGUUUCAUGUUCCAAUAAGUCAAUUAGGGUCUAUAACAGGGAAACAUUAAGCUUCCUGCGGGAGUACAGUAACCAUCCUGGGAUACUUAAUGGAGUCCGAUUUGCACACACAUGUGACAGCACAGUGUUUUCAGCAUGCAGUGAUGGUACAGUGAAGUGCUGGGAUAUUCGUUUAUCAACUCAGAAAGCUGUGCAGGUAUUUCAUGGCUAUCCUUCUAACGUUCUCAUCAGUUUUGAUAUCAACUGCAGUGAUACCAUACUUUGUGCUGGAACAGAAAAAGUUGAAAAGGACACAUUUCUGGUAUUUUGGGAUGCGAGAGGUGUUGCUAACUGCGCCAGCACAAGUAAAGAACCCUUGGGAGUCUACUCUGAAAGUCACAAUGAUGAUAUCACUAAAAUUUGCUUUCAUCCUGUCAAACCCAAUUUGGUAGUUUCUGGGUCAACUGAUGGGUUGGUUAAUGUGUUUGACAUUAACAAGGAUAAUGAAGAUGAUGCUUUGAUAUCAACUUGCAAUUCAGAUUCAUCAGUAAGUUUUAUUGGCUGGUCUGGGAAAGAUUAUAAACAGGUCUACUGCGUGACACAUGAUGAGGGAUUUUGCUGGUGGGACAUAGCUCAGCUAGAUACUGAAGACCCAAUAACACUAUUGCAUGUUGUGGAUGUCAGAGAGGCAGUCCGUCCUGAAAAUGACAGCUUACAUUACCUGGUAGGUGGCUUGUACCACGAAAAGGCAGACAAACUCUUCCUUAUUGGGGGAACGUCCAGAGGAAACAUUCACCUCAUGAGCUGCAGCACCAAUGGCCUGAGCCUGGUGGGUACCCUUUGCAGAGGACACUCUGCUCCUGUUCGCUCUUUCUACUGGAACCUGACAGAUGAGUCUCUGCUGACAGGCGGAGAGGAUGCGCAGCUGCUGCUAUGGAAACCCGGCGCUGCUGAAAGGGCCCUCGCAAAGAAGGCAUCUAUGAAGAUUGCGUCUUCUGUGCAGAAGAGAGUGAGAGUUCACAAGAGCUGCCUCAAAAGCAGGAAAAGGUAACAUCCUGAGAGCAGGGAUCUCUGCUGUGUAGAGCUUUCCUGGUGUUUAAUCUCUCAGGCAAUUCUUGGCUGUGCUUUAUUUGGAAGUGUUCUGUGGAAGGAACUGCAGUGCUUGAAUUCUACCUGGGAAUGAUGUAGUUCAGUCGUCAGAAAUGACUUAAGCCUUUUUAUGGGUUUUGUUUGUUUUGUGUAUUUGCAUUUUUUAAAAGUUGCAGAUAUUAAUCAGAAAGGAGUAAAUGUUUGCUCUGGAAUUCUUGAAAAAUAUCUCUUACAUAAAAACAUUUCUGUGGUUGUUUCAUGUCUCAGCCAACACUUCUAAUGUGUAGUACAGACCUGUGGCUUGCAUAAUUUGUUACCUUCCCACUAAAAUUCCCUGGCAUGUUUUUAAUGCUUUUGUAUUUCAUGCAGUAUUUUGCUUUCUUUACAGAAACUUUAAUGAAAUUGCUCAAUAUAUUAAAAGAUUUUAUGUCACA